AUGUACAGUAACUUUAAGGAGCAAGGGAUUGAGUAUGCGAAGCAGGCUGUACAGGAGGAUACAGCUGGCAACUAUGCCAAGGCCUUGCCUCUUUACAUGAACGCGCUCGAGUAUUUUAAGACCCACUUGAAGUACGAGAAGAACCCGAAGAUUAAGGACGCGAUUCAGGCCAAGUUCGUGGAAUACCUAGAUCGAGCCGAGCAGAUUAAGGAGGUAUUGGAAGGAGCACCGCAGAACGGAGCGCCGGGAGACGCGGCGUCUGCAAUCAAGCCGAAGGCGAAGAAAGGCGGAGCUGGUGGUGGUGGGGAUGACGACGCUGACAACAUGAAGCUUCGAUCGGGGUUGAAUUCGGCCAUUGUGCGAGAGAAGCCGAACAUCAAGUGGUCCGACGUGGCAGGAUUGGAAGGCGCGAAGCAGGCGCUACAGGAAGCGGUCAUUCUGCCAGUUAAAUUCCCGCAGUUCUUCACAGGCAAGAGGCGGCCAUGGAGAGCGUUCCUCCUGUACGGCCCUCCAGGCACGGGCAAGUCGUAUCUCGCCAAGGCCGUCGCCACGGAGGCCGACUCAACCUUCUUCAGCAUCUCGUCAUCGGACCUGGUGUCCAAGUGGAUGGGUGAGAGCGAGAAGCUGGUGGCGAAUCUGUUUCAGAUGGCGCGGGAGAGUGCCCCCUCCAUCAUCUUUAUCGACGAAAUCGACUCGCUGUGCGGCCAGAGAGGCGAGGGCAACGAGAGCGAGGCUUCUCGACGCAUCAAGACAGAGUUCCUCGUCCAGAUGCAGGGUGUGGGCACGGAGGACAACAAGGUGCUGGUGCUCGCUGCCACCAACACCCCCUACUCCCUCGACCAGGCGGUGCGGCGGCGCUUUGACAAGCGAAUCUACAUCCCACUACCGGAUGUGAAGGCCAGGCAGCACAUGUUCAAGGUGCAUCUAGGGGACACGCCCUACAGCUUGUCAGAGAAGGACUUUGAGGAGCUGGCUCAGAAGACAGAUGGAUUUUCGGGGUCGGAUAUUUCAGUCUGUGUGAAGGAUGUCCUAUUUGAGCCCGUUCGGAAGACGCAAGAUGCCAUGCACUUCAAGAAGGUGCCCAAGGACGGCGACUUCUGCUACAUGCCGUGUGGGCCCCGCGAGCCAGGCGCCAUCCAGACCACCAUGGAGGAGCUUGCAGCGCAGGGGCUGGGGGAGAAGGCGCUGCUUCCCGUGGCCAUGGAGGGACUGCUUUCCGCGUGCCUGCUGCAGCCGCGCGCGCUUGCGCUCGGCGUUUCCCCCUGCCUCCCGCGCUCCUCCUCCCGCCAUCCGCGCACGCGUUUGCGCUCCGCCACUGUCCCCACCGCCAUCAGCGGAGCUGGCGCUGCACGACUCGGUAGCAAAUGGCUCGGAUCUCGAAGCAUUUCCGCUGCUCGGAACCUGGCCCCGGGAACUAUCGUUUCUUGCCCGGCGCCAGUGGUGCUGCCACGUGGCGUAGCACGGCCUGUUGUGGUGGCGACGGCUGGUCAGACCCCGAAGGCAGUUUCGGGUGAUGCGGUGGUGGCUGAGAGCAGCGAGUCGGCCCCGUCUACUUCUUCCCAUGCGCGUGAGGUCACCCACUUCUACCGCCACCCGCUCCUCUCCGACGCUGCCACACAAUCGCUGCUCCACAAGGUCCAGGAGAAGGUGUGCGCUGACGUCAUCGGCAUCCGCACGGAGCAAUGCUUCAACGUGGAGCUGACGUCACCUCUGGAUGCAGCACACGAGGCGGCUCUGGUGUGGGUGCUAUCUGAAACGUACGAGCCUGAAAAGCUCACCCGGGAGUCUGUUUUCAGCACUGGCGCUGCAGCGGAGGGGGGAGGGGAGGGAGAGGAGGAGGGGGAGGAGGUGGUGGUGGAGGUGGGGCCUCGUUUGUCGUUUACCACUGCCUGGUCGACCAACGCUGUCUCCAUCUGCCGCUCCUGCACCCUGGAGCAGGUAAGGCUGGAGAAGGAGGCGUGGGGUCUGAAGCAGGUGACUCGCAUCGAGCGCUCUCGCCGCUAUGCCCUGCAGCUGGCGCCAGGCGUUGAGGCGGAUGCUGCCUUUACAGAGGAGCAGAGGGCAGCGUUUGCAGCACUGGUGCAUGACCGCAUGACAGAGUGUGUGUACGAGUCGCGGCUUGAGACGUUUGUCACGGACGCUGCUCCCGCGCCUGUCGUCCGCAUCCCUGUUAUGAAGGAGGGGCGCAAGGCACUGGAGCAGGUUAACAAGGAGAUGGGGCUGGCAUUCGAUGAGUGGGACCUGGACUACUACACGCGUCUGUUCCGCGAGGACAUUGGGCGGGACCCCACCAACGUGGAGCUGUUUGACAUUGCACAGUCCAACUCCGAACACAGCCGCCACUGGUUCUUCAAGGGCGACUUGACGGUAGACGGGCAGAAGGUAGAGCACACACUGAUGGAUCUGGUGAAGGACACGCUCACUGCCAACCCCAACAACUCCGUCAUUGGCUUCAAAGACAACUCCAGUGCCAUCCGUGGCCGUGUGGUGUCCGCCAUUCUGCCCGAGAAUCCCGGGCAGCCAUCAAAGCUGGCGCCUGAGGAGCGGGACUACGAUAUUCUCUUCACCGCUGAGACGCACAACUUCCCCUGUGCGGUGGCGCCAUUCCCCGGGGCAGAGACUGGCGCAGGGGGGCGGAUUCGAGACACGCACGCGACAGGUGUCGGCUCGCUAGUGGUUGCGGCUACUGCUGGUUACUGCGUGGGCAACUUGCAGAUGGAGGGGCAUGCAGCACCAUGGGAAGACACCUCGUUUGUGUAUCCUCCCAACCUCGCUCCACCGCUCCAGAUCCUUCUUGAUGCCAGCAACGGUGCAUCGGACUAUGGCAACAAGUUCGGCGAGCCGCUCAUCCAGGGCUACACACGCACGUUUGGGAUGCGACUGGCGAGUGGGGAGAGGCGGGAGUGGCUCAAGCCGAUCAUGUUCAGCGGGGGUAUCGGGCAGAUUGACCACCGGCACCUUGUGAAAGAGGAGCCGGACGUGGGCAUGCUAGUCGUUAAGAUAGGAGGCCCGGCUUACCGCAUUGGAAUGGGCGGGGGAGCCGCCAGCAGCAUGGUGUCGGGCACGCGCGACGCAGAGAUGGAUUUCAAUGCGGUGCAGAGGGGUGACGCGGAGAUGGCUCAGAAGCUGAACCGCGUGGUGCGCACAUGUGUGGAGCUGGGCGAUAAGAACCCCAUUCUGAGCAUCCACGACCAGGGUGCAGGAGGCAACUGCAACGUGGUGAAGGAAAUCAUCUACCCUCAGGGCGCCGAGAUUGACGUGCGGUCGAUAGUGGUGGGCGAUGAAACCAUGUCGGUGCUUGAGAUCUGGGGCGCAGAGUACCAGGAGCAGGACGCCCUCCUGGCCCGCCCAGAGAGCGAGCAGCUGCUGCGGUCCAUCUGCGACCGUGAAAGACUCUCCAUGGCUGUCAUUGGAACCAUCAGUGGUUCCGGCAAGGUGGUUCUCUUCGACUCCAAGGAGCAGCAGGAGGCGGCAGUGGCAGGCCACGCCCCUCCUCUCCCAGCGGUCGAUCUCGAUCUCGACAAGGUGCUGGGGGACAUGCCCAGCAAGCGAUUUGACUUCGUACGGGGCAACGACGAGAGGGAGCCUCUGGAGCUGCCCCCUGCGCUGACCGUUGUAGAGGCGCUCAAGCGCGUGCUCAGGCUGCCGUCAGUGGCAUCGAAGCGCUUCCUCACCACCAAGGUGGAUCGCUGUGUCACGGGCCUCGUGGCGCAGCAGCAGACCGUGGGCCCGCUGCAGAUCACCCUUGCUGACGUGGCAGUCAUCGCUCAGACCCAUACAGGCAUCACAGGAGCAGCAUGCGCCAUUGGGGAGCAGCCAAUCAAGGGCCUCAUCAACCCAGCAGCCAUGGCGCGCAUGGCGAUUGGGGAGGCGCUCACCAACCUUGUGUGGGCCAAGGUCACUGCACUAGAGGACGUGAAGGCGAGUGGCAACUGGAUGUAUGCAGCCAAGAUGGGUGGGGAGGGGGCAGCCAUGUACGACGCUGCAGUGGCUCUCAAGGAGGCGAUGCUGGAACUGGGAAUUGCGGUUGACGGUGGCAAGGACAGCUUAUCUAUGGCUGCUACGGCGGGGGGCGAGACAGUGAUGGCCCCUGGCAACCUGGUGAUGAGUGCAUACGUCACCUGCCCUGAUAUCACCCUCACUGUCACUCCCGACCUCAAGCUCCCAGGCGAGGGUGUGUUGAUCCACGUGGAUCUCAGUGCUGGCAACAGGCGAGUGGGCGGGUCGGCCCUCGCCCACGUGUACGACCAGAUAGGCGAUGAGUCACCGGAUGCUGAUGUGGCGCUGCUCAAGCGGGGCUUUAAUGCCGUGCAGGAUCUGAUCGGCCGCCGCCUGGUCUCCUCAGGGCACGACGUGAGCGACGGUGGCAUCAUCACAGCCAUUCUCGAGAUGGCCUUCGCUGGCAACACGGGCGUCACUGUCAACCUGCCCUCGCCCGCUGUUGACACACAGGAAGGGGAAGAGGAGGAGGUGGAUGUGUUUGGAACGCUCUUUGCGGAGGAGCUGGGGCUCGUGAUCGAGGUGGCGCCGGCCAAUCAGGACGAAGUACUGCGCACGCUCUCCGCCGCCCAGGUCCCCGCGACCGUCAUUGGCCAAGUCACAUCCCCCUCCUCCUCCGCUCCUGCCUCUCCCCCGCUGCUCUCGGUGGCGGUGGCGGGGGUGCCGGUGCUAGAGGGAGAUUCGAUGCCAGCCUGGCGGGACGUGUGGGAGGAGUCGUCCUUUCUGCUCGAGCAGAUGCAGCGAACCGAGACGUGUGCUGUCGCUGAGAGGGAGGGGCUCAAGCACCGCAAGGAGCCGUCGUGGAAGCUUCCUUUCACCCCGAGCAGGACCGCGCAUGAGCUCCUGACCGCGACCACAAAGCCCAGAGUCGCUGUCCUGCGUGAGGAGGGCAGCAACGGCGACCGCGAGAUGGCGGCAGCGGUGUGGGCGGCAGGCAUGGAGCCAUGGGAUGUGACUGUAUCGGAUCUGCUGCAAGGGCGGGCCAGGCUGGACGACUUUAGAGGAAUCAUCUUUGUGGGCGGCUUCAGCUACGCGGACGUGCUGGACUCGGCCAAGGGGUGGGCGGCAGCCAUCCGGUUCAACGCGGGGCUUAAAGCCCAGUUCGACGCGUUCUACCAGCGGGAAGACACGUGGAGCCUGGGCGUGUGCAACGGGUGCCAGCUCAUGGCGCUGCUGGGAUGGGUCCCUGGUCCGGACGUGGGCGGGGUGAUGGGCGAGGGGGGGGACGCAGCACAGCCGCGCUUUGUGCACAACGAGUCGGGGCGGUUUGAGUGCCGCUUCUCAACUGUACAGAUUGACGAGUCACCUGCUGUCAUGCUCAGGGGCAUGGAGGGCACAAGGGUGGGCAUCUGGGUGGCACACGGGGAGGGCCGGGCUCUCUUCCCCUCCUCCUCCCUCUUCCAAUCCGUCCUCUCCUCCAACCUCGCUCCCAUCCGCUACUGCGACGACGACGGCGCCCCCACCGAAGCCUACCCAUUCAACCCGAACGGGUCCCCCGCGGGGAUAGCCGCGCUGUGCUCUCCCAAUGGAAGGCAUCUGGCGAUGAUGCCUCAUCCGGAGAGGUGCUACUUGAUGUGGCAGCUGCCGUGGGCGCCCAAGGAGUGGCGGGAGGGCAUGGAUGCCAGCGGGCCUAGCCCGUGGCUGAAGCUGUUUCAGAAUGCCAGGGAGUGGUGUGCGGAGCACCCACAGUAG